AUGGAAAAAAAUAAAAUAGACAAUAUAUUUGAGUGUAUGCACAAGGCAUUGUUGUCUUUGCAGCAGAAGAUCAAAGAUGGAACUGCAACAAGUGAAGAAUGCAAUCAAGCUUUGGCACUUGUGAAUCAGUUGGGUAUGACUGACCUCUUACCUCUGGCUCAUGAAGAUAAGCAUAUAUGCAAUCCAGAUUUACCUCUGUCUGCUCCAGAGAAAAUUACAGAAGAUGCUGGAGAUGACUUUUCUUUACUGGAAAUUAAUGAGGGAAUGGAUUUAAGAAUUGGAGAAUCCGCCGAGACAUCUUCCAUGUUCUACCAGGAUCAUGUCUGUUCUAAGAAAUGUCUUUCCAAACGGCCAUGGGAUUCCUACAAAGGGGAAAACCCUUUGAAGUUGCCAAUGCUGUGUCACUUUCAGAGAUGGCAUGCCAAAGCAGACUCUGGCUCAAAAUCACACGAUGUGAUAUACAAAUCUCCUUGUGGAAAAAGCCUGAGAAAUUUCAAAGACGUGCAGAAUUACUUAUUUCAAACAGAAUGCAGCUUUUUAUUUUUAGAUCACUUUUCUUUCAAUACCUAUGUGCAGUUAUUCAGAAGCAGUCUGAGUCCCCAGGCAUUUGUCAUUGAUCCAGAUAUCAGCCAAGGGGCAGAGACUGUACCAGUAUCAUUCUGUAAUGAUAUCAACCAUGAUUGGCUGCCUUGCUUUAAAUACCGGAAGACCUCUUGGCCCCAUGGAUACUUCUUGAACAACUUCUCCAGCAGUUUUCUUGACUCCUGCAGCUGUACCGAUGGUUGCAUUGACAGGACAAAAUGUACGUGCCUGCUUCUAACUAAAAAGGCCGCCUUGAAAGCUUCUAUGUCUCCAAGAAAUGGACCAUCUCACGGUUAUACUUAUAAAAGGCUGGAGGACCCUAUUUCCAGCGGAAUUUAUGAAUGCAGCUUGCUCUGCAGCUGUGACAAGAACAGGUGCCAGAACAGAUUGGUACAGCACGGCCUUCAAGUUCGCUUACAAGUUUUCAGCACUGGAAAGAAAGGCUGGGGAGUUCGCUGCCUUGAUGACAUUGACAAGGGAACAUUUGUUUGUACAUAUGCAGGGAGAUUGAUGUCCAGAGAUGAACAUUACCAGGGUAAAAAUAAUGGUGAAGUUGAAGAAGAAGUUACCAAGAAUACCAACCAGAGUUUAUUUUCAAGAAAGAGAAAACUGGGUACAGUCUGUUCUGAUUCAGAAAAUGAACUUAUUCAGGACACUGGAAGACAACAAUCUUUACAUCUGAAUGCUGAAGGUCAACCAAAUCAAAUUCAGAACUACACUUCAUACAAGAAUUGGAAUGUAGAAACUAUUGCAAGACCUAAAACAUCACUUCUUCAAAGACACCAGCAAGAACUAAGAAUUACUGAUGCCAGCUCUGAUGAAGACGAGAGUUCUUUGUGUCAUAUGUCAGGAACAAGAAGAAUAACUCCAGCAACCGAACAAAGAGAUGAAGAAUCAAGCCUGCAAGGAGAAUUUGAGAAAUUGGUAAACACUCUAAAUUCUGAAGCUAAUACUGACUGCCAUAAAGAGAAUCUCCUUUCCAAUGCUGCGUUGAAAAGUAAACUGCCUAUGCAAGAUGGCAGAGAAGUGAAAAAACAACAUAAGAACAUUCUUGAGUCAGACAGCACAAUAAAGGGAAAAACUCAGAGAAACAGACAAGAACUUGCUUGUAUGACUGAGGCAGCAGAAAUUGAGACAUGUCCAAAGAAUGAAGAAAAUCCUUGUUUGCUGGAUGCCACAAGGGAAGGCAAUGUAGGCAGGUUUCUUAAUCACAGCUGCUCUCCUAAUCUCUUCGUACAAAGUGUAUUUGUAGAGACUCACAACAGAAAUUUCCCCUGGGUGGCAUUCUUCACAAAGAGGUUUGUAAAAGCUGGAACUGAACUUACAUGGGAUUAUGGUUAUAAAGCUGGAAGUAUGCCUGAGACAGAGACUACCUGCCAAUGUGGGAGUCUGAAGUGUCGGAAAAAAAUCUUGUAGAGUUUUUGUAUGUAUUAAUCUAGAUUAACCUGA